GCCCAGCUCUGCCCAGCUGGUGCGGGGCCGAGCGCAAGCCGCGGCGCUAGGAUCCGAGUUGGAGACAUGUCCUCCGGGGUGGCCGCGCGCCACGACGCCAAGAAGCUGGUGCGCUCCCCAAGCGGCCUGCGCAUGGUGCCCGAGCACCGCGCCUUCGGAAGCCCGUUCGGCCUGGAGGAACCGCAGUGGGUCCCAGACAAGGAGUGUCCGAGAUGUAUGCAAUGUGAUGCCAAGUUUGACUUUAUCACGAGAAAGCACCACUGCCGCCGCUGCGGGAAGUGCUUCUGUGACAGGUGCUGCAGCCAGAAGGUGCCACUGCGACGCAUGUGCUUUGUGGACCCUGUGCGGCAGUGCGCGGAGUGCGCCCUCGUGUCCCACCGCGAGGCAGAGUUCUAUGACAGGCAGCUCAAGGUGCUCCUGAGUGGAGCCACCUUCACUGUGACUUUUGGAAACUCAGAAAAAUCUGAAACCAUGGUUUGUCGUCUUUCCAACAACCAGAGAUGCUUGAUUCUGGACGGGGACAGCCAUUGUGAAAUUGAGGUCGCACACAUCUCCACUGUGCAGGUUCUCACGGAAGGCUUUGCUCCUGGAGAAAAAGACACACACACUUACAGCGUCCUGGAGAGCCAGCCCGCCUCCAAAGGUCAGCCUCGUUUUCUGUUGGCCACUCCCUCCAGCAUGCAAUGGGCCCUGUUUCUCCUCUGGCCACUUUGCUUCUGUCUGGGGUGGAUGGUUCAUGCCAAGGUUCCUUGUAAAACUCACUUCUUUUGGCUGAUUUGUGUUAAACAGUGGGCCCAGUACAUGGGUCUACAGAGUAUAAAUGAAAAUGUCCCAGAAGAAAAUAUAUUUGCUUAGUUCUUCUAUUUCAGGGAAGAAGCAUUACCACAUAGUUGCUGGCUUUUUGUCAGUGUCUGCCAGCCCUGAGCAGCUGAGGAAGCCCAGAGGCACUGGGCCUGUGGAGAGGGCAGCAGCUUGCCACCCUGUGGCCUGGCUAGCUGUGCCCACUGUGACUUUCUGGCUCUUAGCACCUUUGUUUCAGCCCCUGAAGCAGCACUGAGUAUAUCAGGCCUAUGCUGUUCUACCUGUGUUCCCUGAAUGUAGGGACACACAUGAGGCAGCGAGCUGGCUGAAGAAACCCUGGUGCCAAGGGCAGUACUUGGAUAAGCUAGGGUCAGCCCCCAUGACCCUGCUGCCUGCCUUCACCUAGGGAGCCCAAGGCCAGGAAUACAAUUCACCACAACCCCUCCCAAGGCCAUGGGGAAGGUGGCCAGGACAGGGAUGGCCUCUGGCAGGUCCUGUGAGUGUAGGUAGACUUUCUGCUGGGCAGGUCAUAGGACUACUGGCACCACAUGUCCUCAGAAGGUUUUGGGAGUAGUGACCCCUGUACUGCCCAGCAUUUUCUUAGAUCCCUUCCUUAAAGUCCUAUAACCCUUCUUCCUGUGGAGGGUGGGAGUAGGGAUAGUGUGAACCACUUCUUGAGCUGCAGCAGCCUGAGGAGCUGCCCAGCAGCCUGGGCUAUUAGAGCAGCAUGACACUUGUUCUUUUGAGAGCCAGAAAGGAAGGGUUUUCUGGUCAAAGGGCAAAAACCUCAUAGACAACAGGGGCCCAUGGCCAUGUUCCAGUAUUUACAGGUGGUGGGCAGAGCCAAGGUCUGCCUGCUGCGAAGUCUCGGGGGGGCAGCUCAGCCUGAGAUCUUCGGCAGGAGCCUUGGGCUUGUGCAGGAGCAGCUCAGGAAGCUCUGGACACAGUUCUGCAGCGGACACGGUGCUCUUGUGUUGGUCAGGCCCCUUCCUAAAGACCACCGGCCUUACAGUCAGUGCACUCACCUGCUAACCAGUGGGAAUCAGCUGUGACUGAUCUCCAUGGUGACUCAUCGUGAAUGUGGGGCUUCCUCCUGUCACCAGGUAGAAGGCUACAGGUGCAGCUGCACAGGGGCCCUGUGAGACCUGUGGUCCUUUCUCCAGUGCUUUGUUUGUUGAGCAGGUGCUAGAGUCAAGUCACAGUGUCUGGGGCAGCUGAUCACAGCCCAGGAACGGGAGACUGGGUCUUUGCCACCCAGCUCCCAAACCAGACCUUGAUGGCCUCCCAUCAGGUCUGAGGGAGCAGCACGUGAUAGGAUGGUGUGGCGUCUCUCUGACAUCAACGGUCUGCUCAGCUGAGGUCCUGGUCUCAGUAGAGGAUGGCGGUAGCCUCUGACCUCUAGGUAUGAAACCAGCUAUGAAGUGACUGUCCAGUUGGCCUGUCUGAUGACCAGUGCUCUUGAGAUGGCUUCAGCACUCCUGCAGCCCUGGCUGUGGACAGGUAUUAUCUGGGAGUUCUCUGGAGGCAGGAACGGGCUCCAUGGGACUCAGGAGGUGCAGCAGUUUCUGGAUUUUCCAAGAACAGUUUUCUUGGUGAUGCAGCUCCACGAGUUUGUCCCUGGAGGCACCAGACCAGGUUGAACUUGUGUUCUCCACAGAGACAGGGGCUCUCAUCACCGCAUGGUCCCAACAGGGCUGCUUCCUGAGUAGCACAGGGUGGGUCAGCACUGGCCACCAUUUCAUCAGGGCCCCUUUUGGCCACCUCACAUCGUCCCCUUCUUCCAGGAGGUAAUGCUCGGGCCACAGGCAUGUUCCUGCAGUACACGGUGCCAGGUACAGAGGGCGAGGCCCAGCUGAAGCUGACCGCAGGGGA